AUGGAGACACUCCUGAACCUCUUUCCGUCGACGCUGAGCCCCGACGUCAAUGUGCGUCGGGCCUCGGAGCUCGAGCUCCGCCGUAUGGAAGGCCAGCCCGGCAUGCUCGCCGCCUCGUUUCAAAUUCUGACAUCCGACCAGGUGGACAUGGCUGUGCGCCAGGCGGCAGCGAUCUACGUCAAGAACCGCAUUGCACGCGCAUGGGAUUCGACGCCGAACCGACUGGGCGGUACUGCGCCUAUUCCGGAGGACGACCGCGCGGCGGUGCGCGGCUCGAUCCUCAGCACCAUUGCCGUGGUGCCGACGGCACUGCGUGUGCACAUUGCAUCGUCGAUCCACUCGAUCGCCCGCUACGACUUCCCGGAGCAGUGGCCGACACUUUUGGACGAGAUUAACAAGCUCCUUGCUUCGGCGCAGGAGGCCGACAUCUAUGCAGGCGUGCGCGCCUUGCUGGAAACCGUGCGAAGCUUCCGCUUUGCCGACUCGGACACAAAGCUCGAGCAGGUCGUCACGGCAACUUUCCCCCAGCUCCUCACGACGACCAAGGCGCUGAUGGACUCGCCGCAAUCGCAGCUGCCGGCUGUCGGUGAGAUUGUGUACUACGCCCUGAAGACCUACAAGACGAGCAUGGUGAUUACCCUCACGCAGCACCAGCAGUCGCAGGACAGCAUCGUGCCGUGGGGUACCGUGCUCCUGCGUGUGGCCCAAAAGGAGCUCGACGACGCCGCGCUCGCUUCCGACCCUGAAGCGCGCGAGGCGACGAGCUGGUGGAAGGCGAAAAAGUGGGCGUUCUUUUCCCUGAACAAGCUCUUUAGCCGCUACGGUAUCCCUUCGCAGCUUGCGCCUGGCAUGCGCUCGUACAAGGCCUUUGCCGAAACGUUUUUGAACAGCUUUGCGCCGGAGAUCCUCAAGGCGUACCUGCAGAUCUGCGAGGCGGCGCUCACGCAGCAGCAGUGGCUCAGCCGCCCGGUGACGCGCUACAUGAUACUCUUCUUCCAGGAAUGCAUCAAGCCCAAGUCGAUCUGGAUGCAGCUCCGCCCGCACAUGCGCCAGCUUAUCGAGUCGUUUGUGUACCCCCGCAUGUGCUUCUCGGACGAGGACGAGGAGCUCUGGGAGCUCGACCCGAUCGACUUUGUGCGUGCCUCGGCUGAUCCGCACGAGGACGUCGGCACGGUCGCGAGCGCUGCGAGUGUCCUGCUGUACACUGCCGUCUCGAAGCGCACCAAGUCGAUGUUUGAGCCGACGCUCGAGUUUAUUACCUCGGUGCUGAACGCAUACCCCGACCAGUGCACACCCCGCCAGUUUGACGGCGCGCUGAAGAUGUGCAUCGCGAUCUGCCAGGUGAUGGUGAACCAGGAGCAGGUCAAGGAUAAGCUCGACGCCUUCUUUAUGCAGCACGUCCUUCCUUCGCUCAAGAGUCCCCACGCGCACCUCCGCCUGCGUGCGUGCGCCUGCGUCCAGACCUUUGACCAGGCCGGUAUGAAGUGGCACACGAACGAAGCGCUCGAGGCGGCCUUCCGCGGCGUGAUGGACUGCAUCAUGGACAGCGAGGUCCCGGUACGUGUCCAGGCCGCCGAGGCGAUCGGCGAGCUGAUUGCCCACGACGAGGUGCACAACGCCAUGGCGCCGAACGCGGGCCGCUUGAUGCAGGAGCUGCUCAAGCUCUCGGACGACACCGACCUCGACGUGCUGAUGGCAACGCAGGAGAAGAUCGUCAACAACUUUGCCGAGGAGCUGCUUCCUUUCUCUGUGCAGCUGGUCCAACAGAUGGCCAGCAGCUACAUGCGCCUUGUGCAGGAGAACAUGGCCAGCGGUGACGGCGACGCGGACGGUGAGGGUAUCCGUGCCUUUGGCAUGGACCAGGGCGAAGAGGACAAGUACUUUGCUGCCUUGGGCUGCCUCAGCACCAUGUACCAGAUGGUGACCACGGCCGAGUCGCGCCCCGAGAUCCUCGCCGAGCUGGAGAAUGUCCUGCUGCCGGUCGUCGCCUUUACGCUCGAGAGCGAGACGAUCGAUUUGUACGACGACUGCUUCCAGCUCACGGAUAUCUUGACCUACUACCAGAAGCGCAUCUCACCCGGCAUGUGGGGUAUCUUUGCACUGAUGUACAAGUCGUUCAAGGGCAGCGGCAUUGACUACUUGUCGGAGAUGAUCGGUACCUUUGACAACUGCGCCUCUUACGGCACCGAGUUCCUCCAGCAGAAUGCAGAGUACCGCAACAUGCUCCUUGAUAUCUUUAGCACGGCCAUGACCAGUGACCAGCUCGGCGCCAGCGACCGGAUUGCGGCGUGCCAGCUGGGCGAGGUCAUCCUGCUGCUCCUCAAGGGCUACGUGGACGAUGCUGUGCCUGGCAUCAUCACGACCCUGCUGCCGCUCAUCGAGAGCAAGAACGACGACGUCUCGGCGAACCUGCGCAAGUGGUGCAUCAUGGUCGUACUGGAGGCGAUCUACUACAACCCCACCCUUGCGCUCGAGGUGCUCGAGGCGCACGGCGCGACCAGUGCCUUCUUCACGCAGGCUCUGCUGAAGCUCCGCAAGUUUAACCGCGUCCACGAGUGCAAGGUGACGAUUGUGUCGCUGCUCAGCAUCCUCUCGCUUGACCCUAACGCAGUGCCUGAAGCGGUCAAGACCGGCUACGCACACCUGCUCACUGCGCUUGUGAACCAGCUCAAGCUGCUGCCGACGCUCGUCGCUCAGCGCAACGAGCUCCAGAAGCAGCUCGACGAGGGCUUUGAAGACGAGGACGAGGAUGACCUCGCCGAGGUCGGCGACUUUGACGACGACGUCGACGUGCAGGACGACGAGAACAACUACCUCGAGCUCUUGGCACACGAGGCGGCUCAGCUGCGCUCCAAGAUCGCGAACUUGAACGAGGGCGAGGACGACGAGGACGACUUCGACGACCUCGCGGACCUGGAGGGCGACGACCUGAUCUACGAGUCGCCGCUCGAGAACGUGCCGGUCUACGAGCCGUUCCGCACGGUGGUCGGCCAGCUGCAGACGCAGCACGCCACCCUCUUCCAGAGCCUCACGGACGGCUUCUCCGAGGACCAGAAGCAGCAGUUCCAGCAGGUGUAUGCUCUUCAGGACUCGCAGGCAACGGGACUCGGCAAGCCCGAGGGUCAGGCGUAA